AACAAAAAAACUAUAGUACAAACCAAAAGAAGAAAAAAGAACAAAAAAAACCAAGUUUUUGUUUUUGUUUUGCAUUUUUUUUUUAACAGUGAGGUUCCUGUUGGAUUUCCACUUUGUUUUGUACUAAAGUUUGAAGCUUUAUCUGUGAAAAAAAAAAAAAAAAUUUGUGGGUUGUUUUUUUUUUGGCGAUGUGCAAGACAAUCUACUUGAGUGGCUAUGAAUUGGCUUUUGGCUUAGAGAGUUUUUCUGGGGUUUUCAGCAAUGUUUGAUUGGAACGAAGAAGAGCUUGCGAACAUAAUAUGGGGUGAGGCUGAUGAGAGUGGUGACCAUAUUGUGCCUUAUCCUGAGGCUAGUGAAGAUUAUCGCAAGAAGGAAUGGACCCAAGAAGCUGCUACCAACAAGCCUACCGAGCAGAGGACAGCUGGGGCUAAAACUCACUUGCAUGGCAUAAAGCUAGAGAGCAGUUCCAACCUUGAAACCAAUGGAGAGAUUUCUACUUCUGGAUUUGGCGUGGACUCAUGGCCUGAUUUGUCUUUAUCUAAUGCUGUCAAAGCUGAACAGGAUUCCAUGGGUACUGGAGUACCUAACAAUUUAACUGAAAUUAGCACAUAUAAUUCAACAAGAGAGACAGAUCAACUGGACAAAGAUGCUGAAAUUUUUGAAAAUACUGAUGAAGGUAAAGAGCAAGGCGAUUUGGUUGACUAUGGCUGGGCUAACAUUGGAAGCUUUGAUGAUCUUGACCGAAUUUUCAGCAAUGAUGACCCAAUUUUUGGCCAUGCAAGUCUUGGUAAUGAUGAUGAGCUAUGGUCUUCUUCUAAAGAUGUUAACAGCCUGGUAAAAACAUUUCCAAUAUCCAUGGGCUCACCAAAUUUGGGGUCAGAAGAACUAAGAAAUGCAUCCGAGAAAAUGGAAAUCAAAACAGAAUAUAUGCAACAAGAUGAUGACCAGCCAUUUAGCAUUGGCUAUGGGAAACUCAAAGAUCCUGCACUUCAUGGUAUGCAGAAUGCACAUGCAAUCUUAGAUCAUGUAGAAUGUGCUGGAGACAAAAUUAAUACUAUGGCGAAGGAACAGAUGGAUAUGGACAUGGUGGGGAAAACCUCUGUGGUGACCUUUCACCCAGCUGCUGAAAAUGUUGUGACCACCAAUGCGUUUACAGAUAAGGCUACUAGGCAAAAAAAACUGUUGAAAUCUCGGAGAAAGCCAGAGAAGAGCAAGGUCAAGGCAUUACCACAUUUGUAUGAUACUUGGUCUCCAUCAGGAAACCCAUCUAGACAAUUUGAGAACCAAUUGGCACCCUCCAUGCUACAGUCUCCUCCCUCUUCAAUGCUCAGUCAUCAGAGGCAGCUUCCAGGACCUGAGUCUUUGCAAUACCAGCACAUGACCAAUCUAUUUGUGGCUCCAUCAGCCUAUGGGAAUCUCACAAAUCCAUAUCCUGCCAUGCCUAUGCUUUCCCAUGUUCAGUCUGCCGAGCGUAAGCAUCAACCUUUGCUUCCUGGUUAUGAAGGUUCUCCAGGGGGAGCAAACCCCAUAAGCAAGUCAGUGAAUGCCCAUGUGAAACCUCUGAUCAUGACACCUCAGGAAAAAAUUGAAAAACUAAGGAGGCGGCAACAAAUGCAGGCAAUGCUUGCCAUUCAGAAACAGCAGCAACAAUUCAAUCAUCAAGUCCCUUCUGUAAAUCAUUCUGUCACCCAAAAGUCUACUCAAGAAAGUCAAACUCUGCCCUUUGAGGGAGCUGAUCUUGAAGUUGAAGAUAUAAGCAAUUUUCCUGCUCUGGAUCCAAACUCUCCUUUAGAACAAGAUGAUUCCAAUACAGUCUCUGUGGCAGUUGAUGAUUAUUCAGCGGAGGAAACAGUACUUUUUAGGCUUCAAGAUGUUAUUUCAAAGUUGGACAUGAAAUUAAGACUCUGUAUACGGGAUAGCUUGUUCCGUUUGGCUCAAAGCGCAAUGCAAAGGCAAUAUGCUGGUGAUACAUUCAGUACCAACAAAAGUAGCAGGGAUGAACAUGAAGUCGUGGGUCAAGAAGAUAUCAAUAACCAUAAUAGGAAUCCAGGAAUGCCUGAUAUAGAAACACAGACCAAUCCCAUAGACCGAACUGUGGCUCAUUUGCUCUUCCAUAGGCCUCUGGAGUUACCAGGAAAACUUUCUGAUACUCCUGAAUCACCUAUUUCUACAAAGCUCCCAUGUGAACACAAAGUAGUAGGUUCAUUGAACUUGACAAUGGGAUGCUUGCCAGAGAGUUCAAAAAGUAAACAAAACUUACCUCACCAAGGACCUAAGAAUUCUUACCCGUUGCCUGAGCCCCAACAUGUCGAUCAGUUUAAAAACAGUCCUUGCAUGGACACUUCAGAGAACGCUUCAAACAAUGAGCCUGCAGAUGGUGGAGCUAGGGAUGUUGAAGCCUCUAAAUGAAUGGGGUUAUUUUUUUUUUUUUUCCAGAAUUAUAUAAGGUUUUUCUUAUAUUGUCAGCCUACUGGAUCUUUAUCAAGAGUGGAUUAAGGAGCCUCAAGCAUCAUUAUUGUGGAAGAUCCAAGAAAGUUACAUGGAUGCAUGCUUCAAGUAUUAUGUUCAACAUAUAGCUAUUUAUCUAUUGUCUGAAGAUUGAUUUUUCUGUAUCCAUAUAACACUUAUGGUGAUAUGUGUUUCAAUAUGUAAUGUCUGAUGUGUGAAAAUUGAAGCUACUUAAUGUCAAUAAGUCAUGGCAGAACGUAUAUGCCAAGUCUGAGUUUGGCUGGUAAUUACAUUAUUCUGAAUUAUAACAGAUGCAAUUCAUUAUGAA